ACAAGGAAUAAAAUACAAAAUGGAAAGACGUGAGAAAAAUGUGGAGAAUAUGGGCUAUGAAGUCAUCAAACUCCUUGAAUGGCAACAUUUGUUGCAAACUAGACAAAAUCCGUAUCAUGUGUGCAACAUGCUCUGCGUGAUUUGCAACAGUGUGAACGUUGACAUUGUAUCCAUUGAAACCACACGCAUGCCGCACCUUGUGUGUGUGGAUUGUAUUUCGGUGGCAACAGCGCCACCCUUGUGUGUCAAGCGGUGUUUGCGUCGCUCAUGUCGUUGCUCUUGACUACGCAAAGCGGCGACGGUGACAGGGUUGGGUGGAGAAGGAGAGGGGGAGGUGCACCCCACAGUACACCCAUUACUAUGGAAACAGGCAAACUGUACGAACGCUUCAAGAACAAAGUGACACGCACUGGUAAUCCUAUGGACAAGAUAUGAAUACAUAACACUGAGGAUUCGUGAUUGGGAUGAAAGCUAUGCUUGCCUCAUGCAUCAGAGGCCGGAGGAGAUUGAUGAUCUGACUUAUUGCUGACUUGUAGCAGCUGAAAGAUGUCCUUUGCACCGAGGACCUCACUAACCUCUGCCAAGAUGCAGACCAAAAUGAGUGCCUGGACACCUCUUAACCAUCAGCUGUCUAAUAACAAUGUGUUUGAAGAGCGAAGAAACCUGCUGGGAAAAUGGUUUGACAAGUGGAGCGAUGGCCAGAGGAAGGCGGUUCUACAGGACUUUUUCUCGCGGUGUUCAGUGGGCCAGCUGCGUUUCCUCCGUCAGAACCUGACCAAGAGGGUUCCAGAGGAGAACCUAGACUUCACCUCUGUCCUGCCCAGAGUUCUCUCUCUCUAUGUCUUCUCUUUCCUCGACCCCAGGAGCCUUUGCAGGUGUGCACAGGUGAGUUGGCACUGGAAGGGUAUAGUUGAGUUGGACCAGCAAUGGAUGCCCAAGUGUCUUAAACUGGGCUGGUGCAUCAACUUUGCCCCCACACCGUUUGAACAUGGGGUCUGGAAGAGACACUACAUAGAGACAGUACUGGAGCUCCACAUCGGCAAACCUAAGGUGAGUGACUGGAGGCCUGGACAGUGUAUAAAACUACCUGCACGGAACAGACACAUUUCUGUGUGUGUUCAGACUCCAUCGCAGCAGGAGUUCAUUGUCCCUGAGGUGACGUCCAUAAACAGUGUGACGUUUGACCAAUCAGAGAGCUUCCUCAGAGAGGUGCGAUCCGCACGCCCCGUCCAGCGAGAGAGGAGUUGUGGCGGCACCACGAGGGGGUCAGGAGGGUCCCAGCUACCCCCGUGGAGGGGUGCAGACAGACACCCCACUGACACCGUGCGAUUCAAUUAUCUGGAAAAUCUGGACCCCAUAGAGCACGCCCACCAAGCUGGCAAUGGUCUGUUUUCCAGAAAAGUGAAGUGCAGAGGGGUCUUCAACACAGACAAUGAAAAUAAGAAAGAGUUGUCUACAGCCAAUUAUAAACUGCGCAAGGCAAAGUCAUUGAUGUUCCUGUCCUUGGACCUGACUCCAGGUUCGGGUUCUGGAGCAGGACAGCAGAAGCAGAACCGGUUCCGCCCCCAAUGGGCCACACAGAGCCUAGAGUACCCUGUCACCAAGGCAACAGCCAAGAGCCUGUCGCGGUCGAGCCAGUGGAACGCUGGGAUACGACCUGGUCCUGUGAGGUCAGCAGUGCCCAGGCUCAGUCAGGAAGGACUGAGGGCAUCAAUGAGGACAAACAGGAGUACUCCAAGUUAGAAACAUCUUUCCUUCCUUCCUCUCUCCCUUCCUUCCUUUUCUUCUUUCCUACUUUCCUUAAAUCUGUCCGUCGCAGAGGACACACAGGACCACGCCUAGUAAGACAAUAGAUUACGAAUCCUUUCAAAUGUACAUUCUUGGUUGAACUAUAACAGAAUGAGCUCUCCAUCAUAAAGGAAACUUCUGGAAGUCUCUGUGUCCAAGGAUACACAUGACAUUACAUUCUUACUCAGUUAAUGCCUUCUUUCAUAGCGUGAAUGUUCUGUAUCAUGUAUGAUGUAUAAUUGAAUUACAUGGUUUGGGGUUUCAGCAACACCACUGUUUGGGGGACAACCUUGGAGGAUACAAGCUUCCAGUGGUGGAUCAGACUGUGGCUCAGUUGGUAGAG